UUGCUGUUGGUCGUUCGUUCGUCUUCGUGACGGAGCUAGAACAUUUCGAGUUCCUCGCGGAAUUCUCGCACCCGGGUCCGAUCCUCGUGCGAGUUGGGGGAGUGCGAUCGUGAGAGAGUGCUGUAGGUGAUCGAGUCGAUUCCCCAGUCAAGUUAUGGGAUCCCGUUCGGUGCUCAACAAAACCACAAGUACCAUCGACAGUUCGAGGUACCGCAAGAGACAGAGAUGGUACCAGCGAAGACCGUUUCUGGACAACGCAUACUUCACGAAUUUGCAAAAGGGCAGCUAUAUCGCAGCCAUAUAUGCCCUGAUCGAGUGUUUGUUCAUGAUAUGUCUGGUGAUUUUCGACAUUUACUGUCUGGCUGAAGCACAACCAGGCUCCCGGCAUUUCCGAUAUUUCGGAAUCAGCUUCCUUUUUGUUUACAGCGGCAAUCAGCACGUCCGCAAUCUCCUCAUAACGGUUUCAGUGAUCUCGUUCAUUGGCGCGAUGUUUCUCCUGGUAACCUCAGCCCAGAUUAUCUCGGCUCUCCGGAAAGAACAAGAGGCACGUUUCCGUCCUUGGCUCUACUCUAUGGCUGCUUUCACCGUUUGGAGGUUUUGCGCGAUAAUAUUCCGCUCCAUCGCCAACGACUUAUACUACGCCUACCACAUACUCAUGCUCCUGAUCUGGGCUGCCCUCAUCGCAGGGAACGUAUUUGCUGGCCUCGUCGUUUUAUCGAAUUACCAGGAGCUCUCAGACAUCACACGCCUCGAAGAUCUGGCGCGAAGCAAGAUGGGAGGGAGCACCAGCGUUUCGCGCUCCGUGUCGCACAACAGUUUAGACACGUUCAAGAAUUCAUCAGUUCACAACUCUUCGUUCCAGUCGAAUUACAGUAAUCGAAGCGGCGUUCCGUCCGUGUCAUCGGUGCCAAUGCGGCAGCUGCGGUAG